GAAAUAUUUAAUGCAAUGUUUGUGCAUAUUUUUUUAUUAUAUAUAUAUAAUGUGAUACAUGAAUAAUCUCAGAGAAUACAUAAUUUUAGCAUUGAUAGAUAAAGAUUUUUUUUUUUUUUAUCUUGGAUUGCACUUUUGGAAUCAGUUCGUGCCAUUAUUAGGAUACUUUCAGCUCGAGAACAUUAUUUAGCAGAUCUUAAUAUUUAUUAAGUUCAAAAGUUAUUUAUAUUAUUUUUGUUUAUAUUAUUUUUAUUUUUGUUUUCACAAUAAAAUAAUAUACUGCUUUAAACGUUCUUAAUUUUUUUUCCAGUCAAUCCAAUAUAUUAGUAUUUAGUAUAUAUGAGUAAAAAGAUGUUUUAUCUUUUACAUAAUUCCGUGAAAAUUUUUAAAAUUUGAAGAAAUAGAAUAUAUAUAUGUAUAUAUAUACAAUAGAGAUAUGUAUAUAGAAUGUCUCACAAGUGUCAGUCAUCUUCUUUUAUUUUUUGAAUUAAAGAAGAUAAAGCAAAAAUAUGUAUAUCAAAUCAAACGGUUUAAGCCCAAUUAUUGUAAACAUAGUUGUCAUUCAUAAAAACUAUUUGUGUUAAAAAACGAAAAAGAAAUGCAUCAUUUUUUUAACAUAAUAACAUGGAUAUUUUGACAUAAUUAUAAAUUUGUAAUAUCUUUCAAAACAAAUACAAGAAUGUAUGACUUAAAAGACUUAUUUUACACAAGUUUUAUUAAUUUGAAAUUUGGCGGGCAACUUUCAUUUCCCUUGUAUACCACCGCACAUGCGCGAAAAAAAUUUUCCAUUUUACAACAUUGUAGUCAAUGGUCGCGUUCAGCAGAGAAAACCGCUUAGUAGCAAUCGAAUGUGAUUGGUUCUUACUUUUAGAACCAACGAAUCAACGUCAAGUGUUGACAAGACGAUAACUGAGCGCUUUCUCUGCUGAACGCGGCCAAUGCUGGAAACUCAAAUUCCUAUUUCUUCCAAGGAAGUUUUUGUGCAUUACAGUUGUACACUUGAACGAAACGGAAAUUCAUAGAGCAAGAAGAAGAGGGUGAAAGUAAGGUUACUUGAUCUUUCUGUUCACGUGCUCGUACAUAGCUAUUAGUUAUUUUUCAGUUGAAAAAGAAGUGAAGACAAAAAAGAAUAGGAUGGCUAAGCUGCCUCGAUUAGGAAGCAGGAAGAAGGCGAAGCGAUGGGCCAAGGGUCAGAGUUCCAGUUCCAACCCGACGAUCACGAGGCACCGCGAACAGGCCAUCGGUAUGUUCUUCAAGGAUUUCUCCGGCACGCCGGGUAUCACGAGGGAGGAUCUACAGAAGCACGAUGCUAUCCAGGGUAGUAUCCAGCCGCAGUUGGCGAAACUCGACAUCGACGACGAAGAUCAGCCGCCUGAGAGUACGGUGGACGGGACAGCGAACAGCUCCUCUGAGACGUACGCCAGCGAUUAUAGCAAUUGCAGCAACGUUUCCUUCGGCAGGUUCCUCAGCCACUUUCAAUCCACCUCGCUCGUACACAAGGAGAUGCUGGCCAUGCUGUCGGCCGUCACGGAGGUCAUCAAGCAGAGGGGUGGUAAUGAAAUCUCAACGGAAUACUUUGCAGCGAUGAUGACCACCCUAGAAGCGAUCGAGGAUGACACUUCUGUAGCUGCGACGCUAUCUCUACUUGGAAUGAGCUUGAAAACGGUGCCAAAGGGCGUACUUAAUUUACAGUUUGGCGCGACAAGCCAGGUUUUCCUCCAAAUCCUAUCUAAAUACACCAUGAGCGAGAACUUUCUCAUCCUGCGACACUGCAUAGGCUGUCUCUCGGUGCUGCUGAGAGCGCAGGAAGCCGCCGCCUGGGCUAAUCCCUCGACGAUGCGAGUACUGGAUGCUAUAUUGUCGUUCACCACUCAUGUCAAGCCCAAGGUACGCAAGUCUGCCCAACACGGUAUAUGCGCCGUUCUCAAGGGCAGCGAUAUAAUGAAGAGCGAGAAGCCGCCUCAACAUCAUCCGGCCGCGGGACAGGUCGCGACGCACUGCAUCGGGCAAUUGAACGCCGCCUGUGAAUCAGGAUCAUCACUGGGAGUUACCACUAUUCUGCAUACCCUUACACUGUUGAAGGACAUAAUGCAUCAGCUGCCCAAGUCGCACGUGAAGACCAUCUGCGAACGUCUGUUGAGUAUCAUGACAUUGAAGAAUGUAUUGAUAACAUCGUGCUGUCUGCAAACACUGCACGGAUUAUUUGUCUCUAGGCCAUCGGAAGCGACGUUACCACUGCAAAGAAACGAGGAUAUCAUUAGAGCCCUUUAUGAUUAUCAACCAUCCGCGACCGACGUGCAGCCAACCUUGGCGUGGUUGGCAGUCAUGCAGGAGGCUCACUGCAAUCUAGUAUAUAUCGCCUUGAAUGAUUCGUCAGCCAUCAACGUGGGAUCGACGAUAUUGGAUUAUGUUAUACCGAGAAUGUUGAAGAGAUGUAUCGAACUCUGGUUAUCCAACAAGACGGAAAUCAUAGCUGGCGCGUCGAACACCGUCAAGAUCAUUCUGCAAGAGUGCGUGGCGCCUCUCUACGUGAGCGCGGAGCGAAUUGAUAGGUACACUUCCACCUUGAGUCAGAUUAUUUCGUUGAUGCACAAGGCGUUGAGUUAUCAAUACCUCGAAGCCUGGCAUCACGUCUUUCAUCUCGUAGCUUCGCUCUUCCAAAUAACCGGCAAGUCAAAGCUUCGGGGACUUACAGAUAUUGUCAGGUCCCUGGGAGAGCUGCGAGAUUCCUACAACUUCGCGUACAGCAGCGACGUCGAAUACGCUGUUGGAGCUGCGGUUAGAGCCAUGGGACCGCAGAUCGUAUUGAGCAUCCUCCCUCUACAAGUCGACGGCGGCGCGAUAAAUCUGAAGCGGGGUUGGCUGAUCCCGCUGUUGAAAGACUGCGUAACGGGCGGCACCAUCUCCUUCUUCAAGGACGUUCUGCUGCCGAUUGCUUUGAUAUGCGAGGAGAAGAGUAAGGCAGGCAUGGAAGGAAAGACAUACGAAUUUCUGAUACCGCAAAUCUGGUCGAUCUUGCCGAGCAUAUGCAACGACGCUAGCGAUGUUAAGGACAAUUUUAAGAGUAUCGCCAAGUUGUUAGGUAUGACACUCAGCGACCGAAAGGACCUAAAGUUACUCGUAAUGGCGACUCUGAGAAAGCUAAUCGGAAAAGCGACGCGGGACGAGUGCAUUGACGACAUCGCCGAGCUCGCUCGCUUCGCCAAGAACUAUCUGCCGAUUCUCUUCAAUCUGUACACAACGAAACCGAGCGGUACGGACGAGGAGGGGCAACGUCUCGCCGCGUUCGACACGAUCAAGACUUACAUGACGAUCGCGAGCAGCGACCUAGCGAACGAGAUGUUUGAACGCGCGCUUAGCAAGCUCGACGAGUCUGGCGCGAACGACUUUUUCAAAGAUAGCGUUUAUGAUCUGAUAAGAGUGCUGAUCGGCUACACGGACAUCGAGAAGCUAAGAAAGUACUACGACAUGUGCGUACCGCUCCUCAAGGACGGCACCAAGCAAAAGGAGCAGAAGAAAGCUUAUAGAUUCUUGGAGGAGAUGUGCGGGAGUGAUCAAGAGGUGUGCAAACAAUUUCUGCGGGAGCACAGACGCGAGAUUCAGAAAACGCUGAUAACAUCGGCGACCAGCGUGAUUAAGACGAGUCAAGGCGCUCGUCUACGAUGCCUGAUGCAUCUCGUCAAGUUGCAUCCGCAGCUCGAGAAGACCAAAUUCCUGGAAGCCGUCGUACCGGAAGCCGUGCUCGGCGUCAAGGAUAUAAACGAAAGAUGUCGCAAUACGGCGUAUCAGUUGCUCAACAUGAUCGCCGAGAAAUUCCUGGACAAUCCCGAGCAUCUCAAGGAUUAUACAGAUAUGUUGAUGGUGGGUUUAGGCGGUGAACAAAAAUACAUUAGUGCUACUCUACUGGCUCUGGCGACCCUCACUUAUCAUUACAACGGUUCUCUGGGCAUGGAAACUAUCGGAGAAAUCUUGGGGCACGUCUGUACGAUUCUGACGAGUCCCACAAGGGAGGUAGUAGAGUCGGCAUUGUCAUAUGUGAAGGUAUACAUCAACGUGAUGCCGUCUACCGUCGUGGCCCCGACGUUACCGCAGAUGAUCGACGCUCUGUCGCGAAUGAACGAGGAUUGUAAGCGUCAUUUUCGCCAAAAGGUACGCGACAUCUUUACGAAAUUGAUAAGGAAGUAUGGCAUAGGGCCGAUAUCGAGUAUGGUACCGGCUUCGGACGUGAUCCUGCACAAAAGGUUGAAGAAUAUCAACAAAAUUGAGGAUGCGAAGAGGAAGAAGCGAGAACUUGAAAGGGCGAAGAAGCUGGAGAACGACGACAUGGAAUUUAACGCCAAGAGGAGGCCUAAGAGCAUAGAAGAGAUAUUGGCUGAUAGUGAUGAGGAAUUCGAGGCGACGGAAAACGAGAGACCGACGAGAAGCAAGAAGAGAACAUCAAGGAAGGAUGCCUGGAUUCAAGAGAACGAGGGGAACAUAGUUGAUCUUAUAGAUCCCGCAGCUGCCAGGAAUAUUACAACUACACAACCGGGCGUGACAAAUCCGAAGAUUCCAGUGAAAAGGGUAAAGGAUCACAGCUUCAAAACCGCACCCGAUGGUCGCCUCAUCAUCACAGAUGGUAAUGAAAAGGACAGUGACACAGAGGACAGGAGUAAGAAGAAGAAAGCUUCUUUCUUUCAAAAUGAUUCAGAAGAGGACGAUUAUGAGGGUGAGGACGAUGUAUCGGUGGCGGCCACGAAGAAUGCCGUCAAAAAAAGGAAAUAUAGCGAAAGCACGUCGGACGUGAUGAGCUUGAAGAGUCAGUCAACAUCGAGAUACCAAGCUGGUGGCUCGGGUAUUCACCGACCGCUAAAAGCGAGAAAGGUGGAACUUGGUUCGGAAUAUCGCGCGGUGAAGGCCGGAGGAGAUAUUAAGAGGAAGGGUAAACCAGAUCCUUACGCGUAUCUACCCUUAACGAGAGCCGCAUUAAAUAAAAGAAAGAAAAAAAAGAAUGAGAGGUGCACGCGUAACGGAAAAAACUGUUCUGUUUCUUCUGUCCUGUACCAAAGAAAGAAAAAGAAGAACGAGAGGUGCAUUCGUAACGGAAGGAUCACACUCUGAUAUAUUCUGCUAGCGGAACCCGCGCGUGUGUUGUCAGAUUGCUGAGAGAAGAAACUAUCUUUCGAACUUUACGCCCAUAUGUUUCGGAGAGAUACUUUCAUUUGUAAUUUUUCUCCACUGUCAAUCUCAAUGCUUCGACUAUACACAACGGGCACAGGAUUUCUGGCUUAGACGUGCCAGAUAACAUGUUUCCUAAAUACUGUGAUGUGCAUGGAAGAACUAGCAAUGGAGACGUUAAUAAUUCGGUUUCCAUCCUUGGAAUAACGUCCGUCUCGUAUAUAGAGAUUGGAAAAUGAUGUCCACAAGUAAACACCAUAUUAUCCUCUUCCACCGUGAGCAAACGAUUCACAGCAUCCGAAUCCUGUUAAUAUAAAUAUCUUAAAUAUAAUAUGCAAUAUAAAUUAUAAUAUAAUUAAUAUAAAUAUAAUAAAAAUUGUAUUUUUCAAAAUCACGUAAAACAAUCACAAAGUUCUUAAAUUUCUGCGAAGAGUGAAAGAAGGUGCAUUGAUGAUCUAGGGACAUUGACUGACUCUAUAUUUGAGAAGAUGGGAGGAGGAUGAAUAGUGUUAAUAUUUGAUAUAUUUAUUGUAAUGUGUGAUAUAUACGAUACUAAUUUUCUUUAAAAUAAGUAUUGUAAUGUAAUGUAAAGAAUCACGCUAAUUUGAUACAACUAAAUUUAAUGUAAGCUAACAUAGUGAAAUAUAUAUCUUGUAGAUUAGCGAUA